UCCCAGGAGGCCGACAAACCUCACAGAAAAAAGAGAGAGAAAAAAUACAGCUGUGAGGAGUGUGGGAAGGAUUUUAGCCAUCCUAAAAACUUGAAACCCCACCAACUCAUCCACAGAGGAAUUAAAUCGUACAGCUGUGCUGAGUGUGGAAAAUCUUUUACCCAGGCUGGACACUUAAAAACACACCAAAUCACCCACAGUGGAGUUAAACCGUACAUCUGUGACUUAUGUGGAAAUUCUUUUACUCAGGCUGGAAGUUUAAAAACACACAAAUUCAUUCACAGUGGAGUUAAACCGUUCAGGUGUGAUUUGUGUGGAAAGUCUUUUACCCAUCUCGGAAGCUUGAAAACACACCAGCUUAUCCACAGUGGCGUUAAAGCGUACAGCUGUGACUUGUGUGGAAAAUCUUUUAGCCAACCUGGACACUUAAAAACACACCAACUCAUCCACAGUGGAGUUAAAGCACACAGCUGUGACUUGUGUGGUAAAGCUUUUACACGCAGUAGCCACUUAAGAAGCCAUCAAGUUACCCACUCUGGAAUCAAGCCGUACAGCUGCGACAUUUGUGGAAAAAAUUUUGCCCAGCCAGGGCACCGAAAUAUACACGUACGGAUUCACACCAAAAAUGAUUUUUGCUUCUGUGAUCAGUGUGGCAAACUGUUUGUGACACACAAAGACUUACAGCAGCACAUGUUUACCCACACUGAGGAGAGACCUUAUAAAUGUGACCUAUGUGUAAAGGCUUUUAAAGAGCCACGUUCCCUAAGAGUCCACCAACAGAUUCACAUCAGAAAGAAACUCUACAAGUGCAGUUACUGUGAGCAGAGCGACACAGAUGGAUCCAGUUCUCAACCCUGUCGUCAAUGUGGUGGUGGGAAAGUGUGUCGUUGCGUUGUUUGUGCAUAACAUUUCAAACAUCAAGAGAGCCUAAAACCACAUCAGUGUAGACACACUGGGUACAAAAUGAACUACUUCAACGAAUGUGGAAGAGGCUUCCCCACAUCAAGUCAAUUAAUAAAAAAGCAAUUAACCAUAAAGCACUAUCUCCUUCACACUGGUAUUCAAAAGCACCUUUGUGACCAUUGUCAGUCAUCCUUCAUUACUGCACGUGACCUUAAAGUGCAUAAAUGAGUCCACACGAGAGAAACCAUACAAGUGCAGACACUCUGACAGAAGCCUCCUACAUCGGCUCAUUGUAAACGUCAUGAGAUUACACACAUUGAAGGGAACCUGCUAAGGAAGAAUUUCAUGGCUCUGAGUACCGUUUGGUUUUUUGUGAUGUAUAUGAACAAUAAACUUCCUGAAUCUUGAAUGUAGAGUCCAUCAGAACACAGAAUUAUAUUUCAAAUAUAUUUACGACUUAAUUUAAACAGAAUGUGGGAGAGGCUUCCCCAAACCAAGUGAAUUAAAAAAACAUGAUCUGAUCUCAAGUGGGGUUAAAAAUCGCCUCUGUUCUCUGGGCUUUACUUUCAGUUUGUACCAGAAGAUGGAGCAGUGAGUUAGUGUAACCUCUUAUUCACAGUGGCAACAAAGUAGUGAUGGGAAUUCCGGCUCUUUUUAGAGAACUGGCUCUUUUGGCUCAGCUCACUAAAAAGAUUGCCAGCUUACCGGCUCCCAACUGGCUCUUCAGGUUGUUUUGUUGCUUUAAUUAAUUUAUCAUUAACAAUGAUAUAACAUUAUGUACAAAAGGAAUUACUAAUGUUUAAAAUAAAACGUGGUUUUAUU